AAAUUUCAGUUGUCAAGCUCUUGUGUCGGUUGUUAUUUGGUCGAACUUUUCAUAAAACGACUACUUAAAAUUUAUGUACAUCAAAGAAUGAACAGAAACUAAUGAGUUAAAUAUUAAAUUUUAGCCACAUAAAUUAGAUUUUGGGCAUAUCCCUGCAAUCCGUAAGUUAAUGUUGCGUAUACGCUCUGUAUGCAACUCGCUAACUAAGAUACAACGUCAGAUAAAUUAGAUAAAAGGUGAUAAGUUGCACUAAGCACAUUUGAGGCACAAAUCAUAUCAACAAACAACAACUUUCUAAAGAAGUUUCUUCAAAUGUCCUUCAUAUGUCGCCGACGCUUGAAGACAAUUGUCAAAUGGGUGGUCAUAAUUGUGGCCAUUUGGUUUUGUAUUGGACUAUUCGUCUUCAAAGAUGAGUUGGAUGAUUAUUUAGAUCCAGAAGAUGACUACUUCUUGGAUAAUGCCUUUUCCAUGACUAUAAGAAAUGGCACUGAAUCGGAUGAACUGUAUCAGGAUGAGGCUUAUAUAAUAAACGAUGCCAAAACACCAUCCAACAUGCUAACGCAUUUACCUUUGGAAUGGAAAAACAAAGAAGAUGCGGCUCAAAAAGUUUUGCUUCCUCCGAGCGAAUUGGAAGAGACUCCUGGGGAAAUGGGAAAACCAGUUGAAUUGCCCACGAACAUGUCAGAUGCUAUGAAAAAAGCAGUUGAGGAUGGCUGGACUAAGAAUGCUUUUAAUCAAUAUGCCUCCGAUUUGAUAUCCGUGAAUCGCAAACUACCUGAUCCACGCAGUGCCUGGUGCAAGGAUACAGCACGUUAUCUAACCGAUCUGCCCAAAACAGAUGUAAUUAUAUGCUUCCACAAUGAGGCUUGGUCGACAUUAUUGCGAACUGUUCACUCUGUUCUCGCACGCUCACCAGAACAUCUGAUUGGUAAAGUGAUUCUAGUGGAUGACUAUAGCGACAUGCCUCAUCUCAAAAUACAGCUGAAAGAAUAUUUCUCUUUGUAUCCCAAGGUGCAACUUGUUCGAGUAGCAAAACGUGAGGGUUUAGUCCGUGCUCGACUUUUUGGUAUGGAAUAUGCUGAUUCGCCGGUUGUUACCUUUUUGGAUUCGCAUUGUGAAUGCACUGAAGGCUGGCUGGAACCAUUACUGGAUCGGAUUGCCCGUAAUCGAAAUACUGUGGCUUCUCCCACUAUUGAUAUGAUUGACCCCAAGACUUUCCAAUACAACUAUGAUGGCGCUAACGACGUUCUUGGUGUUUUCGAUUGGAAUUUGGAGUUUUAUUGGAUUCCAAUACCCCUACGUGAAUUAAAGCGCCGUAACCACUUUGCAGAGCCAAUUCAAACGCCGACCAUAGCUGGUGGCCUCUUUGCCAUAGAUCUUGAGUUCUUUAGGAGCGUGGGUACUUAUGAUCCUGGCUUCAAUAUCUGGGGCGGUGAUAAUUUAGAGUUAUCCUUCAAGACAUGGAUGUGUGGCGGUAUUUUGGAAAUUAUACCCUGCUCCCAUGUGGGUCACAUAUUCCGCGAUGACUCUCCAUAUGAGUGGCCUAGUUCUAGAGCGAUGAUGGUAGAAAGCAAUUUGGCGCGUUUGGCUGAGGUCUGGCUGGAUGAUUAUGCUAAAUAUUAUUAUGAACGAAGUGGCGGUAAUAAAAGCCUUGCAACGGAUGUCUCAGAUCGCAAGAAAUUGAGGGAGAAGUUGGGAUGCAAAAGUUUCAAAUGGUAUUUGGAUAAUGUUUAUCCGGAACUUCUUGUACCUAACGAGGCGGUUGCACGUGGCGAGAUAAAAAAUUUAGCUAAAAAUGGUACAUAUUGCUUAAGUGCACCAGGAACGAAAUUGCAAAUAAUAACUGUACUUCACUGCCAUGGACACGGUGAUUAUCAGUAUUGGCUGCUGGAGAAAUCUGGUCAAUUAAGACGAGAUGAUAAAUGUUUGACCUACGAUGGCAAAGAACUGAUAUUUAAGUCAUGUACUAGUCCAAAAGAAAAUCAGUUGUGGAAAUAUAUUGAGAAGUCCAAAUUUCUGUAUCAUGUCACGUACAAGACAUGUCUGGCCAAGAGUGCAGACGACGGCCUGGUUUUAAUGGAGAAAUGCGAUGAAUCCUUAGAACGUCAUCAGUGGGCGCUAUCGAACUAUAAUAGUUCCAAAUUGUGAGGCUACACUUAAUGAAAAGAAAAAGCAGUAGUUUAGCCAUUCAUAAGUAAAUUCGUUUUUUUUUGCCUUAAGUAUGAAAUACCACAAAGCACGAAACACCAAAUAUAGGACAAUGCAAAUUUUAAAAAAUAAUAAUAAAAAAGUAAAUAUAGCCAACAAAAACAAUCAACUUAUAUGAAACGAGAUAAAGAGAAUUUAAAACAAAAUCGGCAAAAAUUUGCCGGCAAUGCCUAAAAGUAUGCUGCAUAUAUGGAGGCAAUGUGAAAAGUUAUCGAUAACCUUAUCGAAAUUCAAAGUUUUACCAGAGGCGCCACUGAGGUGAUUGCCAGAACAGCCGUUAGAAAUUCAAACAGAAAUCUAUAAAGUGCUGCCAACUAAAUAUCAGACAGAUAAAUCCAACAAGAAAUUCAAUUGCAGAUACUUUUU